CGAGCGCUAGCUAGCUCUAGCAAUGGACGUGCAGGUGCAGCGGACCUUCGUGAUACCCGCGCCGGCGUCGGAGCCAUCAGCGGAGGUGCCGCUGACGGUGUUCGACCUCGUGGCGCCGACGUACCACGUCACCGUGCUGUUCGCCUACACGGCACCCAACCCGACCAACGCGGCGCUCCUCGACGCGCUCGCCGCCACGCUCCCGCGCUUCCCGCUCCUCACCGCGCGCCUCGUCGCCGGCGCCGGCCACCGCCGUCGUCGCCCGUUCUUCGUCACGGGGAAGGGCGGCGCGGGCGCGCUCGUGGUCGAGGCCACGGUGCCGUCCGCACUCUCCGACCACCUCCCACUCGCUCCUGCCCCGGAGCUCGCGAGCCUCCACGUUCCGGUUCCCGCGCCGCCGCCACAACACCUGCUCAUGCUCCAGAUCAACCGCUUCGCGUGCGGGGGUCUCGUCGUCGCCACGUCCGCGCACCACCAGGCCGCCGACGGCUACUCCAUGUCCACCUUCUUCCACGCGUGGGCCGACGCCGUCCGCGCCACCAACAACAACACCGGCGGCGGUCUACUACCACCACCGGCGCCGUACGGGCCGAGCGCCAUCGUGCCGCGCCGCCCGCCGCGGUGCGAGUUCGAGCACCGCGGCACCGAGUUCCUGCGCGCCGAGGACGCCGCCGCCGGUAAGCCAGCGCCGGUCCGGGUGGAUCCUUCGGAGAUCGCCAACGUGCUGCUGCACCUCCCGAGCGAGUUCGUGGCGGGGCUCAAGCAGGCCGCCGCCACCGCGCCGCAGCAGAUGAUGAGCCGGCCGCCGUACACGACCUUCGAGACCGUCUCGGCGCACCUGUGGCGGAAGAUCACGCUGGCGCGCGGCCGGGCCGACGACGCGUCGCGCACGGCGCUCAACGCCGCGGUGAACGGCCGCGCGCGCCUCGCCGGCGCCGACGAAGCCGUGGCGCGGGGCUUCUUCGGGAACGUCGUCCUCACGGCGAGCGCCGCCACCAGCGCCAGGGACCUGGCCCGCGGCACGCUCGGCGACGCGGCGGCGCUGGUCCGCGCCGGCGUGCGCGCGCGCGACCGCCACUACUUCCAGUCGUUCAUCGACUUCGGGGAGCUGCACGGCGGCGAGGAGCUGGAGCCCACGGUCGGGGACGACGACAACGUGCUGCUGCCGGACGUCGCGUCCGACAGCUGGCUGCACCUGGAGCUGCACCGCCUGGACUUUGGGUGCGGCGGACGGCUCGCCGGGAUCCUGCCGGCGAAGGUCCCGCUCGACGGGGUGGUGGUGCUGAUACCCAGCCUGCGGAAAGGCGGUGGGGUGGACGUGUUCGUGGCGCUGUGGGAGAAGCAUGCAAAGGAGCUCAUGAAUAUUGCUUACACCAUGGAUUAGAGAAGAAAACAUCCAUGACAGCAUCAGCGCCAUGACAACAGUCGAAACAUAAGUGGCGACGGAAACUAUUUACUGCCUAUAUAUGCAUGCGGGAAGGAAUA